AGGAGAUAAAAGGGUGUCGAGGAGUAAAUCGGGGUUGCGGCCGUGCGUGCGGAUUGCGGGCUCGUUUCAUUGAGAUGAAACUUUGAAACAAGUCCUGGGAGGAGAUGAAAGGCAAGAAGAGAAACCCUGGGCUGAAAAUUCCUAAAGAAGCAUUCGAGCAACCACAGACAAGCUCCACGCCACCCAGAGAUCUAGACUCCAAAGCUUGCAUCUCUAUUGGUGAGGAGAACUUUGAGGUGAAAGCUGAUGACCUGGAGCCCAUCUCCGAGCUGGGACGAGGUGCAUACGGGGUGGUGGAGAAGAUGCGGCACAUGCCGAGCGGGCAGAUCAUGGCAGUGAAGCGGAUCCGAGCCACAGUGAACAGCCAGGAGCAGAAGAGGUUACUGAUGGACCUGGAUAUCUCCAUGAGGACGGUAGAUUGCCCCUUCACUGUCACCUUUUACGGGGCACUUUUCCGAGAGGGGGAUGUGUGGAUUUGCAUGGAGCUGAUGGAUACCUCACUGGACAAAUUCUACAAACAUGUCAUUGACAAAGGCCUGACGAUUCCUGAGGACAUCCUAGGGAAAAUAGCUGUCUCUAUCGUAAAAGCACUAGAACAUCUACACAGUAAGCUCUCCGUGAUCCACAGAGAUGUAAAGCCCUCUAACGUGUUGAUCAAUACGCAGGGGCAGGUGAAAAUGUGCGAUUUUGGCAUUAGCGGUUACCUCGUCGACUCGGUUGCUAAAACCAUGGAUGCAGGAUGCAAACCCUACAUGGCUCCUGAAAGAAUUAACCCGGAGCUGAACCAGAAGGGUUACAGCGUCAAAUCUGAUAUCUGGAGCCUGGGGAUCACAAUGAUCGAGCUGGCCAUCCUGCGCUUUCCCUACGACUCCUGGGGGACGCCAUUCCAGCAGCUCAAGCAGGUGGUGGAGGAGCCAUCGCCGCAGCUCCCGGCGGAGAAGUUCUCAGCGGAGUUCGUCGAUUUUACCUCUCAAUGCUUGAAGAAGAAUUCCAAAGAGCGGCCAACAUACCCAGAGCUUAUGCAACAUCCUUUCUUCACCCUGCACGAAUCCAAAGAGACAGACGUCGCCUCUUUUGUCAAACUCAUCCUGGGAGACUGAGAACUGGACUUGUACAUGAAUUGCCCUUCUGUGGACUGGUGGGUGCAGGGGAGGGGCGCGUGGCAGGACUUGUCAUGGAAGCACCAACAGAAAGCCGCCGUGUUUCGCUGUGUUUUGUUUGUAUGCUGAGAAACCCCCCGCCUCGCCGAAGUUUUUCAAAGGGUUCUUUGGUAUCCAUAGUGACAUAGAACGAGCUGGGUAGUGAAAUGAAUUGUAAGAAGGUUGGAAACCUUAAAACAAAAAACAAAACAGCAAAAAAAACCCCAUGUUAAAGAGUGAUUUACAUAUUUAAUGACAGUCAAAGUCCCCCUUCCUAACUUCCUCCUUGUCCCCUUCCCCCCGAACCAGAAUUUGCUUUGUCAUGGUAAUAGGUGCUAUGGUAGUCAUGAAGUUGUAUUUAGAUUUAUAUUUUGUCCCUUCCAUUGUUUUAAUAUUUAUGUUAAGUGCUUGAUGGAAUAGAUUUCUGUUUUAUAUGAGGAUGAAUGCGUGGUGACGAUGAUGAUGAGGCCACAGCAAGCGAUAGUUGUAGGGCUUUGCUGCGGAAAAGGUGUCAAAGGAAAGGAGAAAGAAGAGAAGUGUCUGUGUUGUGGAAAAUAUUUAAUGUGCAUCAUAAAAAAAGAUUAUAAACAAGGAUCUCAGCUCAGCUACCCGAGCUGUGAGACAGCGUCACUGUAAGGGAGGGAGGCCCCUGCAUCCUGUGAGGUUGCCUCUUCCUGCAUCCCAGCCAUCCUUUGGUGCACUGUCAGCCUCCUGCAAAGGGAAAGCCCCUGCCCUGCAUUCCACCAACUUAUCCCACUAUACUGGGCAGGUUAUGAGGUGUAGACAUUGCUGGGAUAGUGUCUGGGACAAAAACCCAGAGGAAACUAGGUUGUCAGAUGAGUUGCACGAAGACGAAGAGGAGGUUGCAGUGGUUGGUCCCCACCAACCCCAGCAGCAUUGCAGUGCCCUUGGGCUGGGGAUGAGCUGCUUUGAGCCUAGAAGGGAGUUCCUCUCUCCUUCUCCAAAUGAGAAGGGAUAACAGUAUGCACAGCAUAACAUCUGUGAAAAAUGGGAUAUCUCAGUGUGAGCUUCCAGGGCUCUCACACUACGUCAGCAACAAUCCCUCUGUGCUUGCCCACAGGCUUUGGGGGUGCUACUGAGCUCCCCUGGAGCCCGUGCUGGCCCAUGGCUUGGGCCACGUCCAGCUCUGGUUGGGAUGCUGAAGGCAGCCAGGGGCUGAAGCAUGGGCUGCAAGUGUCCUCCAUAGAGCUGCAGCCUGAAAACCAUGCAGGGAGACCACAGCCCACCCUAUCAGGAGCUCAGUGCUGUUGUCCAGGUCCUCAGGGAAGGGCUGUUAGCAUGGGCAGGAGCCUGGGGACUGUUGGGGUGGGAGGGGAAGAUGGCAGAUCAUGCUGCUUUUAGGUAACACGAUCACUGUCAAGAGAAAGGCAGAACCAUGCACAAGGUGUUGCUGAGUCUGGAGCAAAGCCACGGGCUCCAGAUUAACAGACUGACUGAGCCAAACCUGCAUAGCUGCCUCACUCAGCCAUGAGGACCUUUGCCUUUGCUCAUGGCUCCUUCCCUCAUCCCAUGGACAGUGCCUGUGUGUGUGGCUGCACUGGAGCGUGCACAUGUGCCUCAUGCCCUGCCACAUGGUUCUCUUCCCCAUCCAUCGCUUUGGCACAACUCUCAGAGUCAAAUCCCACCUUGAAGCAUGGCUUACUCUGCAGUAUCUACAUUGUGCAGGAUGUGGUUCAGCCUGGGGUCCAGCCCUUUCUCUCCCAGUUUAGUGGCUCCAGUCUCUGUUGGUGCACGUUGGGCUUCUGGAAUAGUCUGAUCAUCUGUUUCAUAAGCCUUGAAAGGGGUGAUGGGGAGGGCAGUAUUUAGAGCAGGAGUUCCUGGACAGUGGUACCUCCUGUGCUAGGGAUGUAUCGACCACUUUGAAGAGGUGCAUAUAGACAACACAGCCAGGGCUGGCAGCGCCCACAGAGAGAACCCUAAAAUAGUCCAGCUCUGCCCUGGGCCUGCCAUCGAAGGAUGUAUGGGAGCACUGCUCAUGGGGAUUUCUUGAUCCUUGUGCCCUUCAGCUGCAGAGCAGGGUGGCUUGAGGAGGAAUGCAGGAAUCAGAGUGCAGAGGUUUCCUUGCUGCAAAGAGGUCAGGGGUCGUGCAGGCUUUGGGGAAGAGGUUCCCCUUUCUCAGCCUCAUGCCAUGAGCCUGCCUGGCCCUCGGUAACGAUAAGCUCCAUAUUCCACUUCAUGUCGAGGGGAACCUUUCAGGUCACGUUUGUGGUGGGUGAAACCCAAGGAUGUUUUACUUCGCAGUGUAAUUUUCAGAGGCCUCACAUGGAUCAUGAUCUGCCCUCUCGUAUUCCAUGGGGUAUGUGUGUGUGUUUUCUCUCUCUCGCUUUCUCAGAGAGCUGUUUUGAUUGAUUGUCCUCAGCUGCAGCUAAAAGUCCAGCCAGGCAGUUUAUGGAGUUGGUUCCAGCAUCAAUUCUUGCUUUGAAAAACAUGACAUUUAAAACCACCCUUUGGUUUUCCUACAUAUGGAUCUGAUGCUUUUGUUAAAGACUGUUUUUGCCGCUUUCCUCCUGGAAUAUAAGUCUCAUUUGGACACCGCAUCUCCUUGACCUCAGAGCACCUUUAUUUCAGUGCCAUUGUAAUUGACAGGUUGAAUUUAUGAGAUGCUGUCAAAGUUCAGUAUUAAUAGCAGACAUUAAUGUCACCAGCGUUUUCCAAUAGAAAAUUAAUGUCAGUGUUGUCUGCAGCUAAGUAACCCUCUAAAACGACUCCUGCAUGCCUCGACACUACAUGCUGAAUGCUUGCUUUUAUGCUUUUUGCUCUUUCAGUGCUUGGGCCGUCUAAUCCCUUUGUUUUAAUGACAUUACAAUAGGGCAUGCAACAAAUCACUUCCCUUCCCUCCUGGUUCUCCGUGACUUUGUUCCUUUAAAAGUCAUCUGCGUCAGCCUGGAGCAAGCAUGAAUCUGUAUGAUCAGUGUGAAUGAAAACAGUGAUCACCUCUGCGGAAGGUAGUUAUGGCAGGAGAGAAGUGCAGAGAUUGCCUGUCUGUCCUGCAUCCUUCGUGGCACAUGUGGACACAAAGCUUGGCCUGACUCGGGGUAGAGAGAAGCCUGAGUUGGUGGCCCCGGCACAGGGAGGAGAGGCAGCGACUCCUGUGUGCUUAAAAGCCCUGAAGACAUGCUGGGCUACAAGAUGAAAAUCAGACUCUCCUCUCUUUCAUUUGAUUGUAACCUCUGAAGAUGGAAAGCCUUUGGCUGGUGCUCAGGACUUUGCUUGGCUGUAACAUGAGCACAGGGUUGCCUAGGACAGGCCUGUUUCUGGGACAUGAAGCCUUUCCCAACAACAAUGCCCCCUGAACAGCCAAGGUGUUGAGACUUAAAGCUGUUCUUCAGAAACCUCUUUUGGUUUUGGACACCACAAGACUGUGUCUUAGAUCGUCCUGAACCAGGAUGUUUAAUCUGCAGAAGAAGCAGGUCUCAUGCCAUAAACCUGAAACAAACCAAAAAUGCACCAGGGAGCAGAGAGGACAGAAAAGCUGCUCGAAGCUGUGCCCUGGACCAGCUACAUGGAUGAAUUCCAAUGAGCCAUUUGCAAGGCAAGGAGGACCUCUCUGUUCUGCCCCAAGCAGUGGUUAUUGGGCUGCAUGAGGGAUGCUCAGCCCAUCCCUGUGGCAGGCAGUGGGGGACCACCGGGACAUGAUGUUCAUCCUUUCUUCCUCCACCAUACAGCUCUUGAUGCUCCUGCAACCUCCUGAUGCUUGAGGCCUUGCCAUUCCUAGAGCUCUUGAAGUGUCACUGGGAGGAAAGCUGUUUUCUGGAGCCCACUGGUCUCUUAAACCAGAAAGAGGCAUUGGAGGGCAUUUGCCAGUUACUGGUUUUGAAUGCCAGGUCCGUGCUGCUGCAGUGGGUGAAAUGCCCAUCUCUCCUGGAGGUUCUCCAGGUGUACAGAACUUUACACAGGUAUCUAUGUACUGUACUUCCUGACUUUUGUCAGGUUUACUGGCAAGGAAGGAGGCAUUUCUGACUUGGCAAAGAGGUGGGAAUGCCAUUUCUGGAGGCAGCUGGCCUCCCCUGUGUGAUGGAGGAGGCAGUUGGUGGGUCACUACUUGGAAAAAGCACACCUUAACUGGGAUUUCUUCAUUCUUGCUACAAGCUAAGGAUGUACCUGCACAUCUCCCUCCUUUCCUAGGCAUUUUGGAAGAGGAAAUCCUUGUUGGUCAACACAGCGUUCCUUUGGUGGCUGGUCUAAUGUAGUUCAGACAAGGUUCCCACCAGCUCCCUUGUUUAAUAGGCCUCUUCUUUAUUAAAAACAAACCCCAAACUCCUCUCUCAGAAAAGCCAGCCAAGAUGCUCUUUUUCUUUCUCCCUCUUCCAUCUUGUUCCUCUUAGAGGAUCUCUGGGAGCCCGUCUUGGUGCUUUCACUCUUUCACAUGCCAAAGAUUGCUACAUUCCUCUUAGUUACGCUCCUGCCAAACCAGAUCUUAUAGUCUUGCCUCAAAAAUCAUCCACUUCCCUGCUCCUUGGGAUUCCUUUUGUUGCUGUUGCUUUUUCAUUGAAUUUCCUCAUGUUUAUUGACAUGUCUAUUGUUGAGCUUCCUGGACACAUGCAGCUCUCUUUUUCGGAUGCAGAGAAAGACAAAUAGUUGCCUUCACUGGUCUGCCCCUGCUGUUGGGGAAAGACUGUUAGUGAUAUGAUUCCUACAGAUGGGGAUGGGUCUCAUUUAGAGCUAGGGUCAUGGAGGGUGUAAACUGGCAUUGCUCCAUUGGCUUAGCUGGAAUAAAGCCAGUUUUGUCCAGCUGAGAAUCUGUCCUUAAUGUCUAAACAGUUAUUACACACUAAUAAAGAUUAAUGAUUGUAAAUCCCCACGGAUUAUACAUAAAAUGGCAAGUUUUACUCAUUAAUCUUUAUUGCCAUAUUAUAGCUGUUUAUGUUAGAGGAGUCAUCCCUCUCUGUUCUGCACAUGCACUUAGGAGGUGGGGGCUGAGUGGGGGGGGAUGAAGGGUGGACAAACCAGACCAGAUGUCCAUGUGUUUUGCAGCCUGUGUCCUCCCCCCAGGUUGGUUGUUUCCUUGAAAGCCCUUAACCGGCAGCAAAGGAUGUAUCGCAGAGCUUUGUCUGCUCCGCUGGCCUCUGCCUGAGCUAUGAAAUCCAGAUUGUUCCCAGUGAGAAGGGAUCGGAUCUCCUAAUUAACAUUUCAGCUCAGCCUUUACUGGAGCAGAUGGAUAAUAUGGAAUUUGACGUGCGCUCUGGCAGGCCAGAGCUCUGCAGUGCAGUGAGAUUCACUCUUCUGGACUGUGGCUUUGGAAGAGAUGCUUUCUCUGCAGUUAGUAGCCAUGUUGCGGGUGGAAAGGAUGCUGCUCCUUCACAUAGCCCCACAGUGUUGAAGCAGUUGAAUUUGUUAAUAAGAGGGUCAGAAAAAGCUCAGUUGAAUCUCAGCUCUUAUGUGCUUGCAGAUACAUAGAGACACAGUGAGGAGCUGGUGGUGCCAGGGGUCUGGACACAAUGAUCUGUGUGCUGUAUAAAUGAAGAGGACUGAAGAGAGCGUAGAAAACUGCAAGGGUGGGUUUAGUGUCAUAAGGACAGAAUGAGCCCUCUGCCAGGCAGCUGGAGUCAGUCCACUCUGCCAGGGAAGGUCUGGAGUUGGGAAGGCUGGAGCAGAAAGAGAGGGCAGAAGAGACACCCAAAGACUCAAUGGAGCAAUAUUCUUGCCACGUGCUCCUUGAGACCCAGAUCUGUAGGCGAUGGCUUUGCUCACGAGUCCCAGAUUACCGCUGCAUCCCCACUUCCAGCAAGACAAACACAAUCUAAACCCCAAAAGAAACCCACAGGGACAAGCUAGAAGUGAACUGAUGCUUGCUGCCUGCUGCAUGGCUUGUGCGUUGCUGCUUCCCCUCAUCAGUGGGAGUCAGAGGUCUGACUUAAACGAUGGGGAAAGCAUGGGAAAGGCCUCCAUAGCUGAGACAGAAGAAGGUAAACAUUUUAAGGUGGUCUCUAACUGGGCUAAUGGUGGAAAUACCUAAUUUACAGGCUACAGGGAUAAAUGAAUUCUUCAGGGGUCUAUCCAGCCGGCAGUGACGUUCCACGGGGAGCAAUUCUGGCUGUGUGACAUUUAUUACAUGGCCUCCUUUAGUGCACCCCUGGGUUGCUCGAAAGCUCUUCGCCUCCAUCGACACGUUACGUCUCAGUCACCUUUACGUUCUGUUUUAUGUCUGGAUUUUACUAGCAGCCUUUAUUCUAGGCGGUUGGUCGGAGCGAAGGCAAGGGAAAGGGGCCUCCAGCCAGCUCUGCAGAGCGCUUUGGGACAGGAAGGAGCUGCUUGUCUGAUAUCCAGUGCCUGCUUAAUGGGAAGCCACAUCCAGGGACGAGCUGUCCUGCAGGUAUCCAGCCCAAGCGAGAGCUUCUCCUUUCUAUACAGCAUUAAAAAUCCCUUUUUGGAAGGGGAGCAGCUCUGGAUUUGCAGCCAGGCUGCAAGGACAGGCUGCAUUAUCUUCCUCGAAAGGCUCUUUGCUUUCUCUACGAUGGGGCAAAAGUCCAGCGGCUGCGAGGUGCUGUGAGGAUAAGCUGGGAAAAGCUUGGAAGCGUCUUCAGCGCUCUGGAAAUAGGGAUGGAAAUCGCAAAAGAUCAGACGUCUUUCGGCAACUUCCAAAGCUCUUAUGGUUUUAGCCAGACCUGAAAACCCUUCCUAGAAGUUUAUUUCAGGGUAUUUUGAGCUGGGACUUUGCUUUUGGGCCUAGCUAAAUCCAGGAAACUCGGAAUAGUGUAAUUUUUGAAUAAAGAGGGGAAACACACCCCGAGUAUUACUGGAUCAAUGAGGAAUGUUCCUGUUUGGUUUCUCUUACAGGAAUCGUUCAGGCCAGCUCAGGGUUUAUCCUAAUUUAGUCUGGUUUUACCCCAGAUAAUUACUCCUUUGUAGGAAAUAAAGAGAUCAAACCAUGGUCUUUCCAGAACACUGCGACCCGUCACGCAAGGGCAUGCACCAAACUGUGCCAGAAGGUGGAUGGAGAUAAGUGCUACAGUAAGAGGCAGCCAACGUCUGUCUGAUGGCUGGAAAGAGCAGUCUGGCAGCCAGCAUAGCCAGGGCCUCCAAAACAUAGGUAGAGACAAUUCCCCCGGGUUUGUGUGAUGGAGAUAUCAGUCUGCCACGUCUUGGGUUUUUUCCCCCCUCCAUAAAGAACAUUCAGGCAUCUCAAAUUGUCCUGGAACAAUAUCUGAAAGCCUUUGGUAUUCCUCAGCUCAGAUGCAUGGAUUCUUUCAGGAUGGAUACUGUGAAAAGUCAGGAAAAGCCAGGUGUCCUUGAUUUAUGCAGCCCGAGUAAAGAGACACAGAUUAAGUGCCUCAUAAGAGCCAAAAAGGUGUGUUUAAAGAUGAAUUACAGUCGCUGCCAUAGCUGUGAAGUCAGGAUCUAAUUCUCACAUAGACAGGUGCAGCUGCAGAGCUCUCCAGCCACAUUUAGCCCAGAUUUAGUUGUAAGUCUGGCAUGAGUAUCUAAUAUGGGCCUAAAUAUCUAAUAUGAGCCUAAAUAUCUAAUAUGGGCCAUGCUGUUUGGUAGCCUUCUGGCUCUACAGGCAGGAAAAAGCCUGGUUCAAAACACAGGAUCACCAAAACCAGGGUUUGGCUCCAAACAUUUCCUCUAUAAUCUAUGUAUGAAGUGAAUUUCCAGAGCUCUGCCACUGUUCUGUUUCCCCUGUGUGAAGCGAGUGGCACAGUUGUCACCGUGCCAGUGGGGCUGCUGGAAAUAGUCACAACAGAUGAAAUGGUUGGAAUUUCCCAUUGAUUUUUUAACAGCAAUAUAUUGGGAGUCAGCGGCUAAAUGUAGUCUCGCGCACACUGGAAAUGUGUUGGAGUGAAACUUGUUGUUUCUCAUGGAAAAAGAAAUAACUGUCUAAAAAUGUCAGAAAUCUUCAAUUUCGGGAAUUGCCAUUUUAUUGGCAAAGAUCCCCGUUUAGCGUCGAAAUAGAUGAAAUUUCUGGAGCUUCUCCCUGAAGGUGUGAAAUCUGGUUUCUCUUGAGAUGGUGGUAAAUUUGAAACAGGGUGUUUCUGAACACUGUCAGCUAGAAAUAAUGGAAGAGAUGGGAAAGGACAAUGGGAAAGGAACAAUGGAAAAGGAACCACUUCCCAAUGGUCUGCUGGUGUUGAAGAGGACACAGGCAAAGCACCCAUGGCUUUUGAAUAUGUUAGAAAGGUUUUCCAACCUGCUGUAAUGCAAGUCCUUGUUUUACUUUAGUUUUAGGACUUUUUUACAGUAACGUCAUUUGUUUUAUAACUGUGAAAGUUUCUGUUUUUCCUUACACGUGGAAGGCUGAUUUUUCCUUCUCCUGUUCCAAUUACUUAUUAUUGAUCCAUUUCUUGUACUCUCCAAGGUGUGUUGAAGGUAUCUCCCAGCCUGCCUUUGAGCCAUAUGGAAUCACUGUAUUGUCUCCUCUAACGGCUGGGAUGGUGAAUGGCAGUAGAUGGCUAAUUCUUAUUUUAAAUCAUAUUUAUAGCAAUUUAGAUGGGGUUUUUUAGUGACCUGAUUUGCCCUAGAAUUAGGGAUGAGGAAUCCUUUUAAAAACCGUGGCUUCAAGUUUUUCUUUUAAGUAUCUUGGAGGUUUCUGAAUGACCCUCCUCGCCCUUGUUUUUAAUAGGAAAAGCAUCAGUUGGGUUGUAGUUGUUCCUUCAAGGGGGGGUUGACUAGCAUCAGGGUUCAGUUUCAGUGGUGAAAAUGCUGUCACAAGACCAUUAACCAAAAGUGCACCAGAAUGCUGAGAAAACAGUUAUUUCCCACCUGAAAAGUUAAAUCUGGGUUAUGACAAACUUGGUUUGUCCAAGUCUCAUGCCAGGCUUUUCUGUAUCAAACUGCAUGGAGCUUUCCUCUAUACCUUGAGCCAGUGAGACCUGGGUUGCCAGGACUGCUUUAAAGCAGGGCUGAGGGUUACCCAGGCACCCUCUGACCACGUCUGCUUUGGGUAUGAAGGGCACGAAUCCUACACAAAUGGUGGAGCAACUAAUGAAUGGUUUCUUCUUGCUCUGUAAGAGAUAUCGAGGUGAAAUCCUGUAAGUGUGACCUGUAUGAGACAAGCAGGAUUGGAGCUCAAAACCAUCAGCUUUUUGUCCUUUUUCUCCUCUUUGCAAAGGUGCCUUGCUGCUCUGCUGCUUCAAAAGCCACCCCGGCCUUUCUGACAAAGAAUCAGAGUUAUAAGACCCUUUAGGUUGGAAAAGACCUCUAAGAUCAUCGAGUCCAACCAUUCACCCAGCACUGCCAAGCCCACCACUAAACCAUGUCCCUAAGUGCCACAUCUACACGUCUUUUAAACACCCCCAGGGAUGGUGACUCAACCACUUUCCUGGGCAGCCUGGCUGCUGUGGUGCAUCUGUUUUCAAACAGCUUGCAUUGGUUUUCUGGUUUGUUUUUUCUUCCCCCUAUGUAUAAGAAACGUUGGGUAGCAGAAUGUGGAAUUCAUUAGAAGUUCAUAAAGCAGGGACCUCAGAAGGAUGUGGGUAUAAAUGCUUUUCAGGCAUCUGAGGUGAACUUUAAAUGGAGCUUUGGCCCUCGUUUGCUUUCAGCUUUUCAAAAACCAUUUAUGAGAAAGUGGAGCUGUCAAAGCCAUGCAUGAACUUUGCCUUCUUGCAAAUAACUUGUCUCAAAGUAAGUUGUCAAAAUGCACAAGAAACUUGUCUCAAAGUAAAUCCAGUAGCUCCACAAAGCUGGAAACGUGUGUGCAUUAGUGUGUAUGCAUGCGUGUGUGUGUGGGUGCACGUGCUGUGCAUGGGUGGGUGCAGCGAGUCUACCAUUUUGGAGAUGUAAAACACACAAAGCAAGUGUUUUUACAAGAAAAAGGCAAUGUAAAAUGUUUAUUUCUUGGCAGAAGGACACCAGACCACAUCUCCCAUCCUUCUUUUAAUUGCUUCGUGUUUGUUUUUGUUGUCUUAAGUCUUUGCUGGCCUGUUUCCUCUGUUGCUACUUAGCAGCCUGUAACCUCACACAACCCCUCUGGCAGCGAGGGAGCGCAUGGCACUGGGGAGCUCACCGGGAAGAGCACUGGUGUUCACAUCCAUGGGAGGAACCAAAAAGGGAGCGUUAGGGUAAAAGGCAGCACAAUGCAAUAUGAGCAUUUUCCAGUUUUUAGCCCUGUUGAGGACGCUUUGUCCUCAUCAGAAUCAAAGCUGCCCACAGCCUACACAAGACCCAAAAUCACAGCUUUGAUGGAUUGGUCCAGAAAUAGCUUUGGGAAAGACUCUCCCUGCCUUGACUGGUUCUUGUGAGCAUGUACUAGUGGUAUAUUGGAAGAAAUGAGGUGCUGUCACCUCUGUGAGAUGGCACCCAGGUUCUUAUCAGUGCUGGUUAAGGUCCCCUCAGGCUUUGCCCAGGCUUUUAGCAGUGCAAAGCCAGUGGCCAAAAGGCAACACUGCCCAUGCAUGAGCAUGGCUCUGAGCUCCUAUUCCUGUCUGCAGCCGGGGAAAUUCUGUCAGUCAGAUGUUACAAAGCUCACAGGGUCCUCCAUGCACUCCAGAGUACCUCGGUGGUCUCCCAGCUGCCCACCCAUAUAGCAUUGCAUCUGCCCUGUCUGAAACCCUUCUCAUAACCUGUGUUGUCUUCAUUCAUCUCAGAGCUGUUCCUCAUACCAUGAAGGUGAUAGAUAGUAGGAGACUGACAGUGAGACCACGUGCGUGACAUUAGAUAGGCUUUUAUUUGAUGCUGUUGUGUUAAUGAGAUGCUUUUAGGACCCGUGUGGUGCUGGAUUAAGGAUAUUGGUGGAACAACGGAACUGGUAUUCUUUAACCCCGACUGCCUUACAUCCUUCCCCUCCACCCUCUUCAUUUGAAUGAAGAGAUUAGAUUGGGAGAAUAUAUUUAACUUGAAAAAAAGCCCCAAAUCGUGCCGAUGGAAUAGGUUAUCUUUCCUACACUUCAGUUUUAUUUCUCAGGAUAUGCAAAGGUUUAUCAGUGCUGCUGAGAGGAGGGGACAGUACACCUUUUGGAAACUUCAACCACUGUAACCGUUUUCCAGAUGUGCGUGUGUGUGUGCGCGUGUGUGUGUGUUUAAACUCAGCACUGUGUGUGCGUGUGUUCUGCUGGAUAUUGUGUGCAUCUAUGAAACGCUUCAAACAACUGCCUGGAAGUCAAAACCAACCACCUCUUUCCAGUCAUAUGUUUGCCGUGACUUUUCAUAACCACACUUGAACUAGUGGUCUUGGAUUCAAUAUUCAAAGAGCAGGGCAUCUUUAUAGCGAUGGUAUGUCAGUCAAAUUAAGGAAAAUGUACACAAAAGUAAAUAAAUGAAUUUAAAAGUAA